CGGGCACCCGGCGGGCUCCCCUCGGCCGCUGCCGCCUUCUCCGGCUCCGCCGCGGGGGUCGCAGCGGCCGCCGCGCCGUCCUCGAGUUUCCCGCGUGAGGAGGAGGCUGCGGUCGGAGAGGCGCAUCGUGGUCGAGGCAGACGCCGAGAGGGAGCCCCGCGCGCGGCCUCGCUCAUUGCUAUGGACAGUGCUAUCACCCUGUGGCAAUUCCUCCUUCAGCUCCUGCAGGAGCCUCAGAACAAGCACAUGAUCUGCUGGACCUCUAAUGAUGGGGAGUUCAAGCUUUUGCAGGCAGAAGAGGUGGCUCGUCUCUGGGGGAUUCGCAAGAACAAGCCUAACAUGAAUUAUGACAAACUCAGCCGAGCCCUCAGAUACUAUUAUGUGAAGAAUAUCAUCAAAAAAGUGAAUGGUCAGAAGUUUGUGUACAAGUUUGUUUCUUACCCAGAGAUUUUGAACAUGGAUCCAAUGACAGUGGGCAGGAUUGAGGGGGACUGUGAAACUUUAAACUCUAGUGAAGUCAGCAGCAGUUCCAAAGAUGUGGAGAAUGGAGGGAAAGAGAAACCACCUCAGCCUGGUGCCAAGACCUCCAGCCGCAAUGACUAUAUACACUCUGGCUUGUAUUCUUCGUUUACUCUCAACUCCUUGAACUCCUCCAAGGCGAAGCUUUCCAAACCAAUAAAGAUUGAGAAUCCAGCUGAGAAACUGGCAGAGAAAAAAUCUCCUCAGGAACCGACAUCAUCUGUCAUCAAAUUUGUAACAACACCUUGCAAAAAGCCACCAGUUGAUCCUCUUGCUGCUGCCAUUUCAACUGGCCCAAGUAUUUCUCCAUCUUCAGAAGAAACCAUCCAAGCAUUGGAGACAUUAGUUUCCCCAAAACCACCUUCCUUGGAGGCUCCAGCCUCUGCAUCCAACAUAACUGCCACUUUUUCUCCCACGCCUCCCGUUUCAUCCAUACCUGCUGCUUUGCAGGAGCCUCCUCGGACACCUUCACCACCACUGAGUCCUAACCCGGACAUCGACACAGACAUCGAUUCAGUGGCUUCUCAGCCAAUGGAACUCCCAGAGAACUUGCCACUGGAGCCUAAAGACCAGGAUUCAGCUUUGCCAGAAAAGGACAAAACAAGUAAUUCAUCAAGAUCCAAGAAACCCAAGGGGUUAGAACUGGCACCCACCCUGGUGAUCACGGGCAGCGAUCCAAGCCCCCUGGGAAUACUGAGCCCGUCCCUCCCCACAGCCUCUCUUACACCAGCAUAUUUCUCACAGACACCCAUCAUACUGACUCCAAGCCCCUUGCUCUCCAGUAUCCACUUUUGGAGUACUCUCAGCCCUGUUGCUCCCCUGAGUCCAGCCAGACUACAAGGUGCUAACACACUCUUCCAGUUUCCUUCUGUACUGAACAGUCACGGGCCAUUCACUCUGUCUGGCCUGGAUGGACCUUCCACCCCUGGCCCAUUUUCCCCAGACCUACAGAAGACAUAACCUAUGCACUUGUGGGAUGAGAAAACUGAGGAACAAAGGAACAGAGAGACAUUCAACAUGAUUGCAUUUGAAGUGAGCAGUUGAAAGUUCUACAAUGCUGAUAAUAGACUAUUGUGAUUUUUGCCAUUCCCUAUUGAAACGCCUUUUUAGGAUUCCCUUUGAAUAGGACUCAAGUUGGACUAUGUAUAAAAAUGCCUUAAUUGGAGUACAAACUCCACCUCUCUCUCUUUUUCCUUUCUUUUUUUUUUCCCCAGUUUAAUAUUUUGAGCUUUGUGCUAAAGAAAUUUUUGGUGGCAUUUAGCAGCCAUACAUUACAAGAGCAAUUAAGAACAAAGUUACUCGUUUGGGAACUUUUGGCAAGGAAAAAAAUUGUGCUGAGAGUCUGUUAUUUAAAGAAAUGUAAGUUAAAUGAAUUGGCAUCUUUAGGACUAAGCGUCUCUUUUGAACUACUAGAAGUGAGCUGUUCAUAAGCAGUAGAAGAAAAAGAAGAAUCAUUCCUAUUCUUACAAAGUAAGAUUGGAGCAGUACUAUUGGGGAGAUUCUGUUUUGCUGUGAACUGUAACAUGUAAGCAACUCCACAAAAAGCCAUCUUGUUUACAUUUAUUCAGGGUGGAUCUCUUAGCUGUCUGUAUGAUCUUGUCUGAACCUGUCAGCAGGGCAUGGAGCUAGUCUAUUUCAACAUAGGAAGAUUUUUAAACCUAGGGUUUAAGACAGUUUUUGGAAUAUCCAGUGAGAAUAUGGGACCCCACAUCUAGCAUAGAUAUGUUGUCUGCUCUCUGAGUGGUAUAGGAUACAGCAUGGUAAAUGAUGACUUUUAGGAGAAUGAACUUGGAUUUUGAAAUUUGAGGCAUCUAUGAGUAAAAGAUUGAAUUGAAUAACUUAACACAUGGGGCUUUUCCCAGGUAGAAGAUGGCAAAGUGAAGGACCUUUUCUCUUUCCUCUUUACCUCAUUUUCUACUAUAUAUUUAUCAUCUUUCCUUGUAAAUUUAAGGUUGUUAGAAGUUGUGACAGUUUUAGAGAUGUAAUUAGGAAGGUGAAAUGCAAAGUGAAGCCUCUCAAUCAGUAGUGAGGUAAAGAUGUGCUUAUUUCUUUCAAUUUUCUUUUAAAUUAGGGAAGAACAGAGAUCAUUUGGGAAUGCUCACACGUAGGUAUUGGAUUAUUUAUAUUACUAGUGAAAAAUGUAGGCCUUCAUCUCUAUAUUACCAAAUUUAUAAAAUAUUACCAUGUGGUAAUCAAUGCCAGGUGCAGACAGGUUUGUUGAUUCACCAAACUGAGUCAGUACCAUGAAUAUCACAGUGGAAUCUUUUGACAAAUUUGGCUUUAAAUUCCAGGAUGAAAUGCUGCCACCAUCCAUCACCAUCACCACCCUGCCCCACUCCAAACUAGCCGUUUAAUCCUGUAAUUGAAUCACAUGAAUUAAAUGGAAUGAGGGAGUAAGGACUUGAGGGCUCAAAAUGACUGAUAUAAACUAGCAUCUUCCAGAUGCACAAUAUUUAGUUUAAAUUUGUUUAUAUACAGUGUAGAAAGCUCUUCUAUAAGACAUCAGUGCUAGCUAGUUCAUUAGUAGUAGAAGGAACAUAAUUCAGUGAGCUGCCUUUAUAUGUGUCAUGUUGGAGACCUGUUACUGGUUCGUUUGUGGUUAUCAGCUGAAAGUUGUAUUCCUGAGAUGUGCAAUAGUAGUGUUGACAGGUAGGGUUUAAUAGUGAUGGGGAACAGGCAGAUUGGACUUUUUUCCCAUAGUGAAUUAUUUAGUUUGCAUGUCUGUUUGAAAUUAGACCUCUCAGCAGCACUUUGGAAUAGUUUUAUUAGCUUAACAUUUUGUACAUUAAAUAAGUAAAUAUUGAUGGUUGAUUUAAGUAGAUGUUUUAAAUUUUGAAAGCACAAAGGUAUUUUAUCUUUUCGAAUUAAAGGAGAAAAGCCAUUGGUUUGUUUUCACAGAUGAUAUCUUUAAUAAUUAACUAUCUCAGCACAAAGGUGCCUUGGCACCAAGGGCACCAUUAAAACUCAGUCAAAGCAUCUUCCUGGGAAACAGUUUUAGUGGGUCUUUUCUAGAAACCUAUAGCUAAAGCCUCCGAGAGGUGUGAGGCCUUCACAGCGUGAUGAUGAUGAUCUGCUUUCUCUUUUGAGAUCAACUAAUUUGAGGAAGUGUGUGUGUCCGUGUCCAUUUUUUAAGUCAAAGUUUACAACCUUAGUGCAAAUGUAUGAGGCAGACAGUUCUAUUUGUAGACUACCUCCUUCUUGGAAGUCUCAGCUUCAUAUUCUUUUGAAUAUCCACAGAAUUCUUGUUAGCGUCAAAAGGUAACAUACCACUUAAGAUCAGUUUUCACUGGAGAGACUUACAGUUGGUAGCUGUAGCUGGUGUCCAUCACUCAUCAGUAGCUGACAUGAAAGAAGAGGAGCAGGUUGAAUGGGGUUUUGAGACAUCUGUGAUCUCUUUGAAUAGCUUUUUCUUCUGCUCUGGCCCCUACCCACUCAGUUGUGUGCUGCAAAAUGACAGCCAGGAUUCCUGAGGUGGGGUGUGGAGGGAGAACCCUGAGUUUGUAGCAUUUGCUGAUCUCUUUGCUGUAAGUUACUCCCCCUGUGGCUGAUUUCAAGCCCCCACCUUGGGUUGGAGAAGGGUUGUAUACAUGGGCUCAGAGCCAGUGCCAGCAAACCACUGCAUUACUCCACCCAAGGGUGGAUUUUCAUGUAAUUUCUGAAAUAACUUUUUCUGGUUCAUAUGCUGAUUUUGUAAAAUACAAAAUUAAAACCAUC